CGUUCUGCUCGAGCCACUAUGAUCACCCAAAAUGCUUCAAAUCCGAGCCAUGACUUUUAUUUGUCGAUAAUCGAUGAUCCAAUUUACUGGUUGACUUUAACUAUAGUAGGAUACAUUUUUGCUACCGCCAUCAUCUUUACGAAUGCCUUUCUGUUGUUCACAAUUUACCAAGAUCCGCGCAAGUCCCUACGCUCGCCUUCUUCACUUCUGAUCGCAAAUUUAAGCGUGUCAGAUUUACUGCUGGGGUUUGGUGUUCUUCUGAUAGCUGUGCGAGACACCUAUCGGUAUAAACAACUCCAUAUGCCUUUUAUUGGUGUCAUAAAGGCUGUUAUAUACAUUAUUCACAUUACUACUGUCUUCAUUGGCGGAUAUUCUAUAAUAGCAAUGUCAAUCGCUUGUUAUAUCGCAAUCAGCAGGCCGCUGGAACAUAAAUCUAUCAUAACAGCGAAGCGAAUUAAGAUAUUUAUCGUUGUGGUAUGGGUGAUAUCGUUAUCAACGUGCGUUUUUCCAGUAACGAGUGUUCCCCAAAAUAUUUACGAGCUCAUUUACGCUCACACUCAUGCCUCGCUACCUGCCGUGUUACUAACGUUGAUUUAUGUGAGCGUGUUUCGUGCUCUCGCGAGACGAUCGCGCGAUCUUCAACUGAGUGGAAGUAAAUCAAUCUCGGACAACAAACACGUGUUGGAGCGACAGCGGAAGAUGACUUUGACCGUCAUUAUAAUUCUGGGAUUAUUUUUCAUGACCUACAUGCCUCAGUACAUAACGGUACAUCUGCUUCACUUCUGCAAGUCUUGUCAAGAAUCGAUAAAUUUUCACAAAGUUGAUGUGGCAGCCUCUAGGCUUUUGUGUCUAAGUUCAGCUAUGAAUCCCUUUGUCUACGCCUGGAGGGUUCCAAAGUAUCGCUCUGCUUUCUUUGAAUGUUUGAAGAUUAUCCGAAAGAGACUCGAAUGAACGCUGAAUGGAAGCUGAUAGGGAACACACAGGGCUAGAAACAUCCUCGAAAGCCCGAAGAAUUUAAACCGGAAAAUUGGCAAACUAAAGGAAGUCAACCAAACCAGAGCUUGACAUCAAUAUCUACAAUGUUAUAAUUAUUAUGACAAUAAUUCCAAUUGAGAGCCACUCGUCGACCAUGAUAAGUCUUAAAAGCGUCAAACUUUAUGAAGGCGAAGGUUGAAAUUAAUUUAUUAUUUAAGAGGUAACCAAAAAAUUGUUAUUUAUGGCGUAAUUUUUUAUUUAUUCGCAAAAGACGAAAAUACCUUAAGUGAAAAACUGAGUGAGCUUGUUUUUGAAUAUUGACGGCGUGGGAUGUCAAUAUCUUGGCACUAAAGUAGAUAACCACAUCUGUCAUAGAAUAAAGACAAAAGUGACAUGGAAACAAUAUAGUAUUGAUCUGUUUUGUCACGGUUGCUGACUCUAGAAAGUUCAGCCUAAAUUUUUAAGUUCGCAAUUUGAAAUUCAAGUCAGUUUUUCUUCACCCUUAGCACCGAGUUCAUUUUUGGUCCUCAGUUCGUCGUCGGUGUUUUUGUUUCUGGCAAAAAAAAUUUGUCAAUUUUUUUUUUUUAAUAACUUUUGACAGAAGGUCAAACCCUUACGCAAGCCGAAUACUUAACAUUUUUUAAAACACAUGUUACUUUGGUUACAGUUCGAUCGAAUCCUUGUUACUCCAGCCGAAUACUCAACAUUUUUCUUUAAUGAUUAGUGGUUUCUCUCAAGUGGAGGGUAAAUUUGCACAUCACAAGGAAAAAAGAUGAAAAAAGUGUCACUCUUUUUCUAGUAGAGUGUAAAAUUCCUUUUUAAAACAGAAAGAAAAAAAAUCUCACUCAUGUCAUUUUUGAGCUUAGUUUUCCUUGAUGCACAAUUGAUAUAUAAAUGUGAAACUCAA